AUGAUUGAGUCGUUCCCAAGUAGCGCUUUAAACGAGUUCCGCUUAAGUGAAGAACAGAUCAUCGAAGAUUUCACGCGCAACCGAAAUGGUUCGAAGCAGGAUGCGCCACAGUUGGUGUGUGCCACCAAAAGGGACGAUGACCCCUUGAAUGAAUACCCUCACCGGCGCUCACCUGACGAGGUGGAAAAACGCAGAAUACCAGUCCUUGCACCUGGCAGAGGUCUUUCCUCUGCGGAUCGCCUCACACUUAAAGGCAACAAUUUCGAUGACCCCCGCAGGACCGACUACCCCGUUGAAAGCCUUCUACGCAAAAUCAGGAACUUAGAAAAUGAAAAAAAAUACCUACUGAAGUCUUUAGAGAAUAAAAAAAACGUGGAAUUGGAGUAUAGGAAGGCACUGGAGACACAGGCCGCAUUCGUCAGCGCAGAGAAUAGAAAGUCCCAGUUCUACGAAAACGAAUGGCUGCACAUGAAGUCGCAAGAGCACUCCUUCAUGACCUCCGGGAAAGCCCCCCUGAGGCAGACGCUGGAGUUGUUUUACGAAGAUGAUGACUUGUACAAGAAAUUGGGAAGCCUCACCAGAACACAGGAAAUCUUCAUCGCUACUUUGAUCGAGGACCAUCAGAACUUGGCGCGGGAAAGGAACUCCAUUUCGAAGAAGUACCAGGAGGCAGUGGACGCCAACUUCCAACUGUAUCAACAGAACGAAAUGCUCAAAGCGCAAAAUAUAAACCUCGUCGAAAGGAACAAAGACGCGAUAAGUGACCAAAUGGAAAAAAAUUUAGUCGCACUGAAUGCCUCGCUCAUUCAUGUCCAGAAGGAGAAUACCCAACUCAGGGAAACGGUAGAGCAGUACACACAGCUCAUCGAGAAGAUAGAGAAAUGCCCCGAAGUAAAUUCCAUCAAGGAGGAGUUAAACAAAUUUAAGAAGUAUUUGCUAAUAUGA